AUGGCGCAGUCAUCGACCAUGGAGGAUUAUUACAUGAUCCUUGGAGUGGAGCAAACUGCUGCACUCCGGCUAAUUAUUAGCUCUUACAGACGGCUGGCACUGGAGCUCCAUCCGGACAGGAACCCCAAGCACGACGCUACUGAAGCAUUUCAGAGGACAUUGAAGCUUGGACGAGCCUACGAGACAUUGAAGGACGAAAGCAAACGCAGAGCCUACAACCUUAUCUACCCAUCCAUAAUACGAAGACGGUCGUUUCCUCGAAACACACAAACACCGCAUCAGCCUCCUACUUCAGCAUCCCGAUCAGAAACACUAUGCGAAGCAGCGCAAAUCGUCGCGAUACAAAAGUCGAAACAAGAACGAAGUGCGCGAUGGCAUAUCAAGAGCAAUAGCUUCGGUUCGUCGAUCUUCGAGCUGCAGAGACUAAUCAGGCGGUUAGAGCAAGAGAUUAAAAAUUUGGACACUAUUUUAGCCGCUGAGGCGGCGGUAGAGGCACAGAAGAAUAGUUGGGGAGCAUGGUUGUUGUCACCCAUUUACAAGAAGGCAGAAGAUAGUGAGGAGGAGAAGGAACGCAAGGAUAGAGCUAGGCAGGAGAGAAGGAUUGAGAAAGAUAUGAAGAAGCGGCGACUAGAUUCGAAUAAGGCGGACUUGAAGACACAGGAAAUCCUGUUGAGAACAGCGAAGGAGGAGGUCGACGCCGCAAUUCGGAGCGAUGACGAGAAGAUACGGGUGAUUCAGGCUAGGAUACGUGCCAGAGAAGAUCAUGAGAGGCGAGAGAGAGAGAAACGUGAGAGAGAGAGGCGAGAGAAGGAGAUGCAAGAGAGGGAGAGGCAAGAAAGGGAGAGAACAGCAAAGAUUUGGAAACAGCAGCAGGAGCAGUGGCUGAAGCGGGAGCAGGAAGCGAAAGAAGCUUCAAGAAAACAGCAGGAGAAGCGAGCGGUAGAACAAAAACGAAAGGAAACCAGAAAAUUCCGGGAGCAACAUGCACAUCCAAAUCUAUCAGGGGGAAGCACUGGCCAGGCUUAUACACCAGCUUGUCACCACGACGGCUGGUGGCCUAAACUGUAUGAUGAAGGCGUGCCCGAGAUGUCAAGCUGCGAUACGGCCGAUAGUACCACGUAA